ACAAUCUUUCACAUUUCAAGAAAUUGGGCAAACUUCUUGGCUACUGAACUUCAACAAGGACAAGUUACAAUACCAACAGCUGGUGGUCCGACAAGAAUUGUCAGAAAUUAAAACCUUUUCCAUUUGUCACUUUUCAGUCUGUUGAUCCAUAUACACACUAAGAUACACACACACACACGCACACACAUUGAAUAGACAUAUACAUGCCUGAAUUCAACUUUAAAUACAAGCCAUUGGCAUGGUACAGACUAGCCAUUUACGAUUUACUCCUUUGGGUUCUUUCCAUUGUAUUUGAUUGUUUCUUUAGAGAAAUCCGUCCUAGAGGUGCAUUCAAAAUCCCUCGUGAAGGUCCUGUUAUCUUCGUUGCUGCUCCCCAUCAUAAUCAGUUUGUUGAUCCGAUCUUAUUACAGAACCAAGUCAAGCGUGAAGCAAACAGAAGAAUCUCCUUUUUGAUUGCCGCCAAGUCUUACCUGUUGAAGGUUAUUGGUACUUUAUCCAAAUGUCAGUUGUCGAUUCCUGUUGUUAGACCCCAGGAUAACUUGACAAAAGGUACUGGGAGAAUUUUUAUUGAUUUUGAGAAAGACCCAUUGUUGGUUAGAGGUGAAGGUACAAAAUUCACUAAGGAAUGUUCCAAGAGAGGAUUAAUUGCAUUACCACAAUCAUUAGGGUCUUCGGAAAUUGUUGAGAUUAAAUCCGAUACUGAAUUAGUUCUUCGUAAAGAGUUUAAGUCCACUGAUCAAGUCAAGAACCUUUUAACAAAGGGUUGUUCCUUUAAAAGAGCCGAUAAAGUUGAUCAAAAGAAGGUUUAUCAAUUGGUGUUUGACCAUUUGAGUGAUGGUAACUGUAUUGGUAUUUUCCCAGAGGGUGGAUCCCAUGAUCGUCCCGAUUUGUUGCCUUUGAAAGCUGGUGUUGCUGUCAUGGCUCUUGGUGCAAUGGAGCAUAAUCCUAAUUGUAAUGUCAAGAUUGUCCCCUGUGGUAUGAACUAUUUCAAUGCUCAUAAAUUCAGAUCUAGAGCUGUGGUUGAAUUUGGAGAUCCUAUUGAAAUCUCUCAUGAUUUGGUCAAGAAGUACACUAACCCAGAGACAAACAGAGAAGCAGUGAGAGAAUUAUUGGAUAUUAUCACCUCUGGUUUGAAAGCCGUGACUGUCACUUGUCCCGAUUAUGAAACUUUAAUGUUGAUUCAAGCCGGAAGAAGAUUAUACGCGGGAAAUUUUGCUCAACAAUUACCAUUGCCUUUAAUUGUGGAAAUGAAUAGACGGUUAGUUAUGGGGUAUGAACAUUACAAGAACGAGCCAAAGGUGCAACAAUUGAAGGAAAAAGUAUUGGCAUAUAAUGAUAUGUUGAAAUCGUUCCAAUUACCUGACCAUCAUGUUGAAAAAUUGGAAGAUUCCAACAAAUUGCAUUUGAUUCCUAUUUUAAUUACUAGGGUGAUUAAGCUUUUGAUUUUGUUUGUUUUGGCAUUACCUGGUGCCACUCUUUUCUCGCCAGUUUUCCUUUCCACCAAGAUUAUUUCCAAACGUAAAGCCAAGGAAGCUUUGGCUAAUUCUGUGGUUAAGAUUAAGGCUAAUGAUGUUAUUGCAACUUGGAAGAUCCUCGUGUCUAUGGGUAUUGCUCCAAUUGUGUACAGUUUUUAUGCAUCUAUUGGUACUUACUAUUGUUCAAAGCAUGGAUAUUUCACGUCAUUUAAGUUGUUUUGGGUUUGGGUUAUCCUUUAUAUUUCUGGGAUUUUUGUUACUUACAGUGCUUUGCUUACUGGAGAACAAGGAUUGGAUUUGUUUAAAUCAAUUCGUCCGUUGUACCUUUCAAUUUCCACCUCUUCAAUCACGGAAUUGAAAACCAUGAGACAUGAAUUGAGUGAAGAAAUCACAGAAUUAGUUAACGAAUUUGGACCCCAAUUAUUCCCUAACGAUUUCAACUUGUUAGAAUUGAAGGAUCAUUUGAAGAUCAGUGAUGACGUCAACUAUGUUGAUUCUGAUGAGGAAGAAGAAAUCAAGACUCAGCAAUUAAGAUUAAGAAGACUUACCAGAAGAAAGCAAGAACGUAAAAAGAAGAAGAAUGGUCUUGAUGCAUUCAAUAACAAUUCAUCAGAUAUCAGUGACGGAUUAUUGACUUCCGAUAACUCCCUUUCUAAUAUUCCUAUGUUUUCUGAUUAUCAAUUAUACAGAAACUCGUACUUGGAUCUUCAAGAUAAUUCAACCAGUACUAGUUCAAUUUAUGAUGAUUAUCGGUAUGCCCAAGCUGACCAAAAUUCUCCAGCUCAACAUGCCGUGCAUGCCAAAUCUCCAUUAAGUAGACCUGGAUUAGAUAACAGUUCAUCCUCGGAACAAAUUGAGUUGAAUUUCGCGGGUAAGAGUUUGAGUGAUAAGAUUAAGAAUAAGAUGAGGGAAAAGAGAGAAGAGGAAAAUUAAGAUAUUUCCCAUAUAGCUUUAAAUAGUGAAAUAGAAUAACGUAAAUAUCACAUUCUAAUUGCCUUCC